UUGAAUCUGGCUCCAAUGGAUAGUCUUCCUGACGAUCUUCUUGUUCAAAUCUUGUCUUUCCUUCCCUCGAAAGAAGCUUCUUCAACCUCUCUUCUUUGCAAGAGAUGGAGGACUCUUUUUGCUUUAAGUCCUAAUCUUGACUUUGACAACUUCAUCCUUUUGCUUCCUAAAUAUAAUCGCACUUACAGUGAAAAGAGUUUCAAUGAUUUUGUGGAUCAUAUAUUGGCUUUGCAUGGCUGUAACAAUAUAAAGAAGGUCUCAGUUAAACUUAGAUAUACUCAUCAAGAUAAUAUACAUGACGGUGACCGCUGGAUAUGUAAUGCCCUCGAACAUGGUGUCUCCGAGCUUCAUCUACUCAUCAAAUCUCCAUGGCUGGAGUGUUCUGUCCCAUCCAAAGUCUUCACCAGCACAACAAUGGUUAAGUUGUCAUUGGGAACCAUAUUUUCUAACCAACAUUGUCCAAGACUUCCUUCGGAUACAUAUCUCCCAUCCCUAAAGGUUCUCAGCCUUGCAUCAUUCUGGUUUUGGGGUUGUGAAUUAUUAAAUGAUGUUGUUGACCUCUACUACUUUGAUUACCAUGGGCUUGAAUCUCCACAAUGUCACUUGGAUGAUUCACUUGCCAAAGCUACAUUGGACCUUCAUUUCUUAGAUUACCAUGAUGACAAGAGCACGGAUGUGACAGAUCUCAUCAGUGGUAUACGCAAUGUCAAGACCCUUCACUUAACUUCUUCUACUGCCGAGGUGAUUUCGUUAUGCUACACACGUGAACUACCAAUGUUCAACAACCUUGUUGAUUUAGUGUUUUCGAGUAGAAAACAAGGUUGGAAAGUACUAUUGCCUCUUUUGCUAGAGCGUGCUCCAAACCUAAAAACUCUGGUUCUCUCGUCUCUCUUCUUGAUGCUUCAGGGUCUGGAUGGUUUCAAAUGUAGACGCGAGCAGUUUACUCGAAUUCCUCCAAAUAACCAAAUAAAGAAACUGAGUAUCAUGAAGUUUCAAGGAAAUCCAAGGGAGCUGAAACACAUUAGUCAUUUCUUACUGAAACUGGAAUGUCUUGAAGUGGUGAAAGUUUAUGUUACAGCUAAAAUGGAUAACCCCAAAAAGAUGCAACUCACAGAGGACCUUUUGAAGCUUCACAGUUCAUCCAAGCUCAAGAUACAAGUCAUGUGA